ACUCUGGUAAAAAUAGACUUCAAUAAUAGGUAGUCCUAAACAAUAUUCUUCAUUUUUGGAUGAACUAUCGCUUUAAGUUUUGGUUUCGUUUUCCAGUUAAACGCAACAAUCCAAAGGGGAAAAAGCGAUGGCUAGUCCUCGGACUAGCCAAUUCACGCGCCGUUAAAUACACUGGACUGCUGAUUUCGGAACACUUCCGUUGUUCUGGGAACACAAUCAGGUUUAAUUUGGGCUGAAACCAGUAUUUUGCUGUUUGGCUUUAGUGUUGUUGCUUUCUGUUUAAUAUGAGUGAGUUUUCCGGUCCAUGGAUUCAGAGAGCCUGAAGCUUUCAUCUUCGCGGUGAGCAUGUUGUGUUAUUGGGGAGCGCAGGUCCAAGAAGGACUCGGUUUGCCUAAUAAAGUCAAUAUCGGGAAAUGCGGCAUUAAAUCCAUCUGUCCAAUAUCAGCUGUUCAUGACAUAUCAGCUGGAAAGAGUUUCGUUGGAUUCAUCCAGGAUGGGAAGGUGUCUGUCCUGAGAUUGCGCAAUGAAGAUGCUGAUGAAAAACUAGAACCACUUCAGCUUCAGAAUGAGACAAUCAGAUCGAUGGUCUGUGGAGAAGCUUGUGCCGUUCUUCUUGCUAAUGGAGGAAAAGUUCUCAUUAUGGACCAAUCUACAGUGUGCAGACCUCUUAAAGGUCUGGACAACAGACAGGUGAUUCAGAUCGCAUGUGGAGACCAGCAUUCAAUGGCACUGACCAACGAUUGUCAGUUGUUCGUAUGGGGGGAGAACGCUCAUGGUCAGCUGGGGUUGAAGAAAGAGCAAGCAGGCACUCAGUCUCCUCAACAUCUCCAGAGUCUGUAUGGGAUCCCAGUGGCUCAGAUCAGCGCUGGAGGAAACCACAGCUUUGUGUUGUCUCUGUCUGGAGUCGUGUUUGGGUGGGGAAGCAACUCUGCUGGACAGUUGGGUCUCGGAGACACUACAGACAGAUUCGUCCCUACAAUUGUAAAAAGCUUGAGUGGAAAGAAAACAGUGUCCAUCUCAUGUGGAGGAGAACACACUGCCACUCUUUCAAAGGGAGGCACAGUAUUCACAUUUGGAUCAGGAGGUUUUGGUCAGCUUGGGCACAACUCAUUUAAAGAUGAACAUCAUCCUCGUCUGGUUGCUGAACUUUGGGGAUCUAAAGUGUCACAGGUCACAUGUGGGAGACAUCACACGCUUGUAUUUGUGGAACCGUCAAAGCUGAUCUACUCAUUUGGAUGUGGGAUGCAAGGGCAGCUGGGAAAUGGAGAACAGGUCAAUCAGUCUGUGCCGUUACCAGUGAUUCUGCCAACUGAUUGUAAUCAUGAAUUUACGAUGGAAAAACUCAUCGCUGGAGAAAAUCAUUCCUUUGCCUUGUUUUUCAAGAAUCCUGAAAACGAAUCUGAAAAACCUAAAUCCAGUUCAGAUGGAGGUAUUUUGACACUAAAUGACAGAAUGAUUGAUCGCUGGGUGUCUGAAAGUGACCCAUGGCCAAUUAUAAAGAAUGAAAUAAACACAGUGUUCUCCUCCGCUGCCUUACUGAAUGGAAGUUUUCUCAAAACAAGUCGCGAUGAACAUUAUCAGACGUCUGUGGAGCAUUGUGGCUUGGAUUUUGAUCUGGUUAAAACAUCCUUUGCAAAGUUAUCCGCAAAUAAAAGUCUGAUUUCAGAGGUGGUGAAGGUGGUUCAGCAGACACUGCUGCCAUCUCUGAAUCCAAACCCAACUGGUGUGGAAGUUCUAAGACUUUAUCUACUCCUCCCUGAGCUCAUCAAUGGUCUCAAGAAACAAAGAACUAAACUCAGUGAAGCUCUGGCCUCCAAAAUCCUCCAGCUGAAUCCUGCAGCUCGCAAAGUGCUAGAGAUGUAUUGGUCCAGACUCCCUGAUGAUUGGUUUCAAUGCUUAAUAAAGUUAUUUCACAAAGAAUCCACUGAUCUGAUUGACCAGAUUUGUUGUGAUGAAACUGACCGUCAGUCAACUAGACACCUGAAGAACGUUUUGGAGAUCCUUCAGAUGGCCUAUCAGGUCUGUUGCAGUACCAACAUCAAAAAUCAUGAUUUCAUCAUUCAUGGGAUCAAUGAUCUCCUAGACCAACUGCAAACCACCACGGCAGACCUGCUCAGAAUGGCAUUAUACUUGCAAAUCAACGAAGACUUCCAUGAUAGGGUGAAACUGGAAGAUUCCUACUUUAGAACAGUUAAAAUAUUGGUCAAGUUCCCUUUUGCGUCUGACUUUAUAACUAAACAGAGAAUGUUUACUCUCUUGCAGGAGGAAUUUUUUCGGAACUUAUCAAACCUGCCAAUGGUAUAUAAUUUUGGCAACGUGUUGCAUAUAAAGAGGGAAUCAGUGUUGAUGGACACCCUUCAAUAUCUUAGACAAAACACUCACUCAUUUAUGCAUCCAUUGCAGGUGGUGUUCAUCGGGGAGAAUGGAAUAGAUAUGAGGGGUUUAUCAGCAGAGUUCUUCUCCCUUAUCUCCAAGUCUUUUCUUAAAUGGGAUAAAAAGGUUCUGGAAGUUCAUGAGAGUUCACUGGUUUGGUUCAAUGCUCAUUAUACAAGGGGCAAUAAGAAUUUCUACUACCUUGGUGUGAUCUGUGGAAUGGCGCUUUACAACAGACAUUACAUCAACAUUGACUUUCCACUGGCCUUAUUUAAAAAACUCCUCCAGCAGAAGCCCAAUCUGGAUGAUCUAGAUGAGCUUUCACCUGUGGAGGCCAGAAGUCUGAAAAACCUUCUUGAGGAGGAUGAGGAGGAAGUAGUGGAUUUGCAACAUUUGGAUUUCACGUGCAAAGGGCAAGAACUCGUUCCAAAUGGAAGCCAAAUUCAAGUAAACAAAGUUAAUAGACAGAAGUAUGUGGAUUUGUACGUUGACCUUGUGUUCAACAAGUGCAUGAAGACUCAGUUUGAGCAGUUUUUGAGAGGUUUCUCUACGGGCUGCCCACUCGAUGCGUGGACUAUGUUUCACCCUGAAGAGCUGCAGGAGCUUCUCCACGGCUCUCCUCAAUAUAACUGGAAAGAGCUUCAACAGUCGGCUUCCUAUGAAGGCUGUUCUGCCUCUGAUGAGCUUAUCAAGAACUUCUGGACUGUUUUCUUUGAGCUCCCUGAAGAGAACAAGAAGAAAUUUCUGAUGUUCUUGUAUGGAACGGAGCGUGUACCUGCUGGAGGUUUCUCAAAGCGUUCUCUGAAGAUUUCUCAGACAGACUCUCCUGAUCCAGAUGAUCAUUUGCCAGAAGCCCAGACCUGUUUUGAAAGAUUGGUUCUUCCAAAAUACAGUGAUAUUAACACACUUCGCGAUAAGUUAAUACAUGCAAUAAACUUUUGUGCUGUGUUUGGACGAGGGUGAACUUGCCUAAGAUUCCAGACUUCUCAAUCCCCAAAAAUAUGAAGUCAAGUUUGUUGCUAAACUUUGCAUCAUUUUAAAGAGCCCCUGUUAUGCAAAUAAAAGUUCAUAUUUUGGUUUUGGGGGUCUCCAACAUCAGGCUGAUUCUCGACUCUUUUUGAGAAUCAAUAUUUUUAAACAUAGUGCACUUUAAUAUUUAACCCUGAUAGAUGUUUUCAUUCCCUUCAUCCAUCUAUCCAUCCAUCUAUCUAUCCAUCUAUCUAGGCAGAAGUAUGUGGAUUUGCAUGUUGACCUUGUGUUCAGCAAGACAGUGAAGACUCAGUUUGAGCAUUUUUCAAGAGAUUUCUCUAAGGGUUGCCCACUCGAUGCACAUUUAUUAUGGAAUGUAAUUAAUAUGCAUGUCAUCUCCAAACCUGUUAUCUGAUGUUCUU